AAAUAUUUGAGCCUUUCAAUAUUUGUGUCUUGAUAUCGUGAUUUAUUUCGUUAUGGAGGGAUAUGAUUCUAGAAAGCCUCCGAGCGUUCGAGUAACUGUUCUAGAGGAUCCAAACAGUAGCCUUCAAGAACUUUUCAACCCUGCGUCACAAAGGCAGCAGGUUCCUUUACAUCAGCGUAAUCUUCCAAAAUCUUUUUUCGUUCCGCCUGGAGAUGUGAAUGACAAUUCUCGAUUUUCUAAACUUAACUCUUUACACUGUAACGAAAGAAAUAACUCGGACUUUGUUGUGUUUCAUAGCAAAGCAAACUCAUCUCCAGCCUGUUUGGAUGCUGCACUUCGAACAUCUGUUUCUGUAAAUGCUCCUAACCACAGUCAUCAAAAAAGUCUUGAUGUUGCAUCUAAAUUCAAGAUAGAAUUCAGCCCAGAUUUAGUUUUUUCUGGCUCUUGCAACUCAGGCAUCUUGCAAGGACAAAGAGAUUCACAACAAACUGCUCUGCUUUAUAGACCGAGCAUGACAUUUGCUAUAAGCGAGCUCCCAGUUGGAUAUGACAUGGCGAUAAAUGAAAGCAAUCAAGUUUAUUUCUUGAAUCACCAGACACAAGAAACUACGUGGUUUGAUCCUAGAAUACCAGAAAAGUUCCAGAAAUGGGGUAUGACUCCAGAAGAACUUGAGCAAGUGCAUUUACGCUACGCCAAGCAAUUUUUAUGUACAAACCCAUCUUCAAAUUUGAAUGUUGAUCGAAUAUCACCAUCACUUGUGCCUAGUCCAACAGCCUGUGCUCCUGCAUCAUCACCAUCCGGUUUUAUUAGCAAAAAUCAAUCUGGAGUACCAUCGCCUAUGGCGAAUACAUCUAUCCUACCAAACUCAUCGAUAUCUGGACUUCCUUUACAUAAUUUACCGGCGAAUUCAUCUUCUACUUGUAAAAAUGCUCAAAAUCGUCUAAGAUCAACCUCUGUUGUAAAUAAUAAUAAUAACAAUAAUAAUGGUAACAAUGGUAAUGAUGGCGAUAAUAAUCAAAAUAUUGUAUCUAUUCAUCGAUCUCAUUCGAAUCAAUUACCUUAUCCUCAUCAUCAACAUUCAAACCAAGCAAAUGAACAGUUACAAACAUCCAGUGGUAUACAACAUCAACGACAACAUUCACAAGGUCUCCCUGUACAAUCUCAGCCCACGAGUCAAUCGCUUGUAACGCAUUUUCGUUCUUGCAGCCAGCCCGUUUCAAUGUCCAGUGGUCGAGAUUGUGGUUCCAGUGCAGGUAUAAUACGAAAUUCGAACUCAUCAAGUGUAUCUACAGCCACAACAACAGUAAUAGGAACUCUGGGUCAAACUCAACUUCGAAUCCCUGGGAGUUUAGGUGGUAUUCUAUCAUCAAGUUCUUCACUUACAGGUAUAUGUGGUUUGAAUGGUCAGCAAGGGUGCGUUACUGGUUCCAUUAGUACAUCAUCUGGACAACUGGUGCAAGGACUUGAAUGUUUAAGAUUAAAUACAUCAGUUACUUCAACAAGUGCAUUAAAUAACUCCAAUCAUGUACUACUUGAUCAACAACAAAUCCCUAAAACACAAAGAGUUCAACAACCCCAAUUUAUUCUGUCAGCUAACUCCGGUUUAGUUUAUGGAUCAAAUAUCAAUGCAGCUACAGCACGACUUGUUGGCACAGUGUUACCUACUACUCCCCAACCUGGUAAUCAACAUUCACAUCAAAGCAGUAUGGAUAGUGGUGUGGGUCAAUCAUUAACAGGUCAAUCAAACCCUAGUGCUAAUCAAACUCCUGAACAUACUGUCAUGCUAUUUUGUGAUCCAAGCAUUGGUGCUUGCGGUGCAGAACAUAUGGAAGGAAUCGCUUAUCCGAAUGAGGAGCUCAUUUGUACAGGAUUCAACGAUUUCGACAACAUUGAUAUUUCAGAUAUGAGUACUUAAUGUACUCAUUAGAUUUUUUUCACGUUCCUUCAAAUGUUCAAUCAUCGAAUGAUCGACUAAUUGAUUAUUAUUGUCAGUUUAUCGAUCAAUCAAACACAGCAUUUCAAUUUCUGAAUACGAUACGAUUUUCGUAAUUUGGAACACUUUAAUUUCUUUCAAUAUAGAAUAUAUACAUGCUUGUGUUUUUGUAUACAACUGUCAACUUACUUUAUCCAAAGUAAGUAAUAUAAUUUCUUUUCAAGAAAAAAAAGGAAAGAAUAUUUGUCACUGAUAUCACUUGUUUUGACGACUAUACAAGUUAUCACGUAACCCUAAGAAAUUAUUGUAGCAUUAUUUAUAAAAAAAAUAACAACUUAAUUCCUUUUCUUUACAAUACUUGAUUAUUAUUAUCAUUAUUAAUAUUACUAAUAUCUUAUAUUAUCAAUUGAUAUUGUCUUUUGAAUACAUAUAUGUUCCCAUUACUCUAUUCAUACUACUGCCAAAACAGAUUCAGUACCUUCUCAGCUCCCUUUUCUCUCUUUUUUUUCUGGAUUUGUUUUAUUGUUAUGUUUUAUGAAUUUUCAAUAUUCAAUUUAUAUUGUUCAGGGAAAAAAAACUAUUAUUAAUGGUAAUAAUAAUAGUAAUAUUAUUAAAAACUUUAUAGUACAACCUGACCACUCUCCUAAACUGUUUUUUUUCAUCAUAUAUCCUGCUUCCCAUGUUUAUUAAUAAGAGAUACCCAACGCUUACACAUGCACAUGUGUGCACACACACACACAAAUUCGCCUAUAAUAUUUCUUAUCUCUAAUUUCCUUAUAAAUAUAAAUAUAUAUAUCGCAUUUUGUUGUAACAGGCAUCUCUGUUAUAUAUAUAUGUCUGGUUAACCAACUGAUUGAUUGCUGUUUUGUUUUACUAAAUACAAAAAUCCCACCCUCAUUAACUGAAUGAAUAUAUUUGGUACUUUUUUUGUUGAUACUUUACAGGAAUGGUUUUUUUUCCAGAAAAAAAAACGAG